AUAUAUAGUAUGUCAAAGAAUUCUGUAAUGGGAAAAGCACCAAAACCUAAGCAACUUUCUCUUCAUUUUGAGGCCUGACAGAUAAGAACAGGGAGGAGAAGAUUUAGUAAUUGUGGACACAAGUGUUGCAGCAACUGGUUUGGAAAAAGAAAACCCAAAAAACCAACAAACGACCAUGCAGCAGCAAUGUCUUUCUGUUAACAUUAGCAAAUGAACUGUCUUUAUUUUGUGGAUGCUUAGCAAAGAGGGAGUGGCAAGGUGAAGAGUAUGUAGAAGAGUGGGAGAUAGUAGGAAGUGUCUUUCAAGCACAAUGGUUUCAAAGGUUAAAAGCAAAUAGAUGUGUUUCUAUAUAUAUGGAAAAAAACACUGGACAGUGAAAAGUAAAUAGAAGCUUGUCUGGAUAAAAAUAUAAACAUGGAAACAGGAGAGUUCUGAGUAAAGAUAAGCAGGAUAGUAUUUGAAAGCCCUAGAAGUGAAUGAAGAGAUGUUGUUGGAAGCAAACAAAAGCCAUCUUGUGUUGGUAGAACUGCUAGCACAUAAUGGCAAGGGACUUACGUAAGGACACUGACUGUAUGUGUAUCUUGUCUAAAUAUCCUUGGACUGAUGAACUGUUGAAACAUCUCAGGUUUGAUGUCUUCUUUUGGUAUUAAAUACACGGCAGCUUUGUAGGACAUUCUUCCAAAUUAUAAGUGUGUUUUGAGUUUAAAUUGGAAUAAAUAGACAUUGCAACACCUUGUUAAAAACAUACCUAAGGAGAACUUCUGUAAUACAGACCACUGCUGGACUUGUAUACAUGUUCCAUGGUUGUGUUCCAUGCUUGUAUACACUGUUUUUAAAGUAUACCAUCUAUAAGACAGACUGGUUUUUUUCCCAGUGUUGGCCAGAAGAGGCGAGAAUUAUACCUUGAACUGUUGGCCUCUUUGAUCUAUCACUACUAAAACGGUCAGAUAAUGAUGGUUGCCUUUCUUUAAUCUUUGCAAAGACCAAUUUGAGGUGUACUGGCUAGAAAUGAAUACACAUAGCAAAUGAACAUCAAGGUAAAAGAAACAUUUAAGUGAUGCAAAAACUUUUAUGGGUAAUUUAAUAAUUAUUUAAUGUUCCAUGGCUCAUUUCCAUUUUAUUUACUCAUGGGGCUUGUUAGGUCCUAUCUGUAGUUGAUGUGUUUCAUAAAGAUCUACUGACAAAUGCUACUUUUAAAUUAAAGCCAAAGGAAAAGAUUUUUUGGUGAAAAUAUUUUGGAUGCUCUUAAAAAAAUCACUCCAUUUGUAUCUGUCCCAUAAGGCUGAGUGUAAUUUCUCUGUUCUGUGAUGUAAACUUUCAUCAGUGUUAGUGUUUUGUCACAAAAUAGAUGGUAGUUCAAGAAUGAUGUUUAUGGGGAAGCAAAAAGUAGUUAAAAAUUGAACAAUUUAAACAUGAUAGUCACCAAGUUAAUGUGAUGUCUGUAUUUUUAAUUUUUAUUUUGGAUGUAGUCGUACAGGAUUUAAAAUUGACUACAGUUGCUACUUUUUUCUAACAGGGGACUCUAAUAAAUUGGUAUUUACAAAUAAUUAAAUUAAACUUUUAAUUGAUGGUACCACUGUAAUUCCAGUAAUACAUUUCAGGAUUUGUUUUUUCCCCUUGAGAAAGUUGGAUAGACCUUGUCUGUGGGCUAAAAUCUUACCUGUAAAGAUGGAGAAGGGGGAGACUUUUAAAACUGGCUAGAAAAGUGGAGAGAACUUUCUUAGAAAACAACUGGCCAAGCUCAAAGGCUUAGAAAUGUCUGUGGUGUGUGCUUCAGCUUAGCCAGUAUUCCUCUUUGCCUCCAAAGUUUUCAGACAUGAGACAGAGGAGUUUUUUUUAAAAGCAGCUGACUACUUCAGUAGUUUGACAGAUAAAUCCUUAAGAGUUGAAAUAAUAUCAAGGUCACAGUUUGAAUGUCUCCCAAUUAAACAGGGUUUUUUUUUUUGGUAUGUUUCUAACUGUACAAAUUGAAUAGUGGUGAUCAAGAAGAUUAAAGUUGUCUCAGCAGGAUUCUGCUUUAGGGUUUCAUUUUGUUGGUUUUAAUAAGAUUUUUUAAAAUUUCAUUCACGUUUUACAGUAAUUUAACUUGUCCUUUGAACACAGUAUAAAGGAAAGUGACGACAUGGAACAAAUUUAGCAGUCAGUCUUCCAAAUGUCUUUGCAGAGGACUUUGGCAAGCAGUAAAUAAAGGGGUAAUCAUGACUAACUGGAAAAAGAUUCCUGUGUGCUUUUAGAAUGGUGAAAAUAUUUCAGCUGAUGGGACGAUACUAAGGCUAGGGGAGAAGGAAGUGCGAACUGGAGGGUAAAGAAAAGCAGCGUAAAAUGUAUGAGAGGCUUAUGUGAAGUGAAUGAUUGAGUGUUCACUUGGAAAAAUUGUUCUGGUCGCUGAAAGUGCGCUGCACACAUAUACAUACCCUCCCCAUCCUGGCUGACAACACCAUCAGUUGGUAUCUAGAGAGCGGGUUAUUUCUGUAAGGCUCUCAAAGGGAGGAGAGGAAAGAAAAAGGCAAGGGGGAAGGAUAAGUGAUCUUGAGUUGCACUGAAUUAAGUGGAAGAGAAACAGUGGUAUCCUCAUAAAGGUGUGCUAGUUCAGGCAUGCCCCAAAUGGGAGAGUUAACACAGAGACAGAGCUCUUGGCACGUGAGCAGAGGGAUUUUUAGACAGAAGACACACCUGGAGUUCCUCUUUUAUGAGUAGGUGAAUGCAUCAUGAUCAUCCAUCCGUAUACUUAGGGGAAAUAGGAUUGCACGACAUCCUAGAGCAGUGUACUUAAUUACCAUUUUUCAUAGUUUUUGCAGCUACCUUUCAACUCUACAAAUUCACUUUUUUUAGUAUUUGCGAAGGACUACGGUUUGGCUUUGAAAAUUCCAAAAUAGUAUUAGCAUUGUCAAAAACUUGAAAUAUUAAACACAAAAAACCCGACCAUGUGACUUUCUUAACGUAUUUGGACACUACUUGUCCUGAGUUUCCUUAGUUUCAAAGUAUGUAACUUUAUCAGAUGUUCUGUAACUAUGAGUUGUUAUGCCCAGCGGAGAUCAGUGCCUAGAAACAGAUGGGGUCAGUAACUCCACGCAGCACACCACCUCUCCCGUCCUGAGUGAAUACCAUAACAGAUGGAGCCCAAAGUCUUACACCAAAUGAACGCAAUGAGGAUGUGUUGUGAUAGUGCGGGACCUGAACAUGCUGUAAUAAGGGAUGGAGAAUGUACUGGCUUUGCCCCGGGUAGAGUUAAAUUCUUUGUAGUAGCUUGUGUUGGAUCUGUGCUGACAGUCGGGUUGAUAACACACCGAUGUUUUAGUUACUGGUUGAGAAGCUGUGCAAAUUUUAGUGGUCAGAACUUGAAUUGCUUAAAGUCCCAUUAGUUUGUCAUUGACACACCUUCAGUUGGGGAGUGUCUCUUACUGUAUAUCCAGCCAUACAGCAGGGGAGGGAUUGGAGCAUAGAGCCUCAAGUGUGUCCUUCAUGGGAUGAAAAAGCAUCCUGUAACUCCUAGAUCGCACAUGAAUGAAAAAACCCGCAUGUAUAUGCACUGUUGCCACAUUUGAAUUCCUGUCAUUUGGGCCUGUAAUUAGUUUUUGAUCAUAUGAGGAAAAAGCCUGCAAAAUUCCUGGGAGAGCAAGGGUCAGAAAAGUGCAGUCUGAAACUGCACCCUCAUUCUGAAGAAGGUGUCGUAGAAAGUGAACCACAAGCCUAAUGGAGCUCCUCUGGUGUGUCAGUUCAUUGGCUUCAGAUCUGACACACUUAAGGAAUAAAAUCAAAACCAUGUUCCAAAACCAACUUGAUGAAUUUCUGGGGCUGGUUGUUUUUUUUAGGGUUAGGUAAAAUUUGUCAUGUAGUUUGUGUGGUAAUGCUGCUUUUUUUUACAGCCUGUUAAUUUUUAAUUUUUAUGUAAUUAGUACUCCAAGCUCCUAUAAAGUCAUACAAAGAAAGUGAGGGCAUUUUAAUCAGAUUUUUUUUUAAUCUUAAAACCAAAAUCUAAAUGCACUAUUCUAGUGCUUUAAUGAUCUACUUGUCAAUUUGGUAUACAAAACUUACCUAUGAGACCUUAGUUUCUUAAAAAUAAUUUUGUCAGUGAUUGUGACUGGUAAGUCAGCCCAUCAUUUUCAUCAACGGAUAAUAGUUUAUAGCUUUCAUAACUCAGUUCUAAAUUAAAAGUAUGAAACUUCUACUAAAAAAAAAAAAGCAUUUAAUUAAACUCAUUCUUUCUAAAAGAUGUUUGAUGUAAAUCCAAGAGUUGAAGAAUUAAUUUAGAGCAUCAUUCACAUUCCCUAGGUGACGUGAAAGCUGGCUGUCUGAAUAGAUUGGGGUAUUGUAACAGUAAAUUUGUACCUAUUGUUAAAUAACAGCAAAUGUAGUGCUGAAUACCAUAUGUAGUUGUCUGUUAGCAGUUUCCAAUAAUUAGAGUUUUCUUGGAAUAUAAGGAAUAUAAACAGCUAAGAGCUUUAGCUAAAACUUAUUCUAAGUUUCUAUUACUUAGAUCUCCCAAUGUUGCGGAAAAGUUUCAGUCCAUUACUUUCACGAGUUUCUUCUGUUAAAUGCAAACUGCUUAUUGUUAGAUUUAAAAACCGUUCUAAACAUGCCUUCUAUCUCUGUGCAUCACUUGCUGUUCAUCUCCAGAGGUUCUGAACAAAAAAUAUUAAGAAAUGUAGUAAAGACUUGGUCUUCAUUAUGGAAUUCCUGCAUUUGCUAAUGUGCCCUGGUUUAUUAUGUUUAAUCACCUGUAUGUUGAGGACAAAUGUAUUUUUUCUAAAUCACAGGCUAUUCUUGGUUAUUAUCUGAAAGACUGAUGAAAUAUUGCUAAGAUUAUCUUCAAGGUCACCUCUAAGAAAAGUUACAGAACCUUAAAAUAAAUCUUAUCUUGUAUGGUCUGAAAUUACAACUGCUCAGGAAACAGGUUUUGUUCCUGGUUUUGGUGGAGGCUUCUAUCUUUUGUUUCACAGCUUAUGCUAAAAUCUCAACCAAUCAUCUAGCCUCCAACAGUGGAGACAAGCCAGAGCGUUUUGCUGUGGCAGGAAUAGAAGAGUCAAGGUCACCUGCUAGAAUGUUAUUUCCUUUCCUCUCCUCUGAGCACUACAGAUUGGGAACUUUGACAUAAGAUGUUACCACAGUAUAAGUCCUUGACACUGUUUUCUUCAUGGUGGGGAAGAAGCGAGGGUGAACUGUCAGUAAAUUAAGUUCAGUAAUACAGCCAUAGAGAGCUAUGUAUUGAUACUUGGUAUACAGCUCUUUAGAGUGUACAUUCAUAUAUUAAUUCUGCAGCUCAGCUGUUGUUUACAGUUCAGUAGCUAUGUAUAACUAGUACAGCCAGAUCAGUCUUAGGGAGUAAUGCAUAUUUAAAACAAAUGUAUGCCAUUAGGUUAACGUAAUAUUCUUUCUUCAACCCUUUAACUAGCUUAUUAAUUUGUAAAAAUGCUAACGUGGUCAACUGUUUCAUGUUCACAGUCCAAAUCUUUGACCUGUUUUAUAAAUGCAAAGAGACUGUUGUGUUGUGCUUGACUCCGCCCCCCAAGAUACCUUUUUUUGAUCUGUAUUUGUGUAUUGAUUUCUAGGUUUCUUUAUUCAGAUGAAGUUCAGAUUGGUCCAGAAACAGUCAUGACUACUUUAUACACUGCUAAAAAGUAUGCAGUCCCAGCCCUGGAAGCACAUUGUGUGGAUUUUCUAACAAAGCACCUCCGAGCAGAUAAUGCCUUUAUGCUGCUUACUCAAGCUCGUUUGUUUGAUGAACCUCAGCUUGCUAGUCUUUGCCUUGACACAAUAGACAAAAGUACUAUGGAUGCAAUAAGUGCAGAAGGCUUUACUGAUAUUGAUAUAGACACAUUAUGUGCAGUUCUAGAAAGAGAUACCCUUAGUAUUCGAGAAAGUAGACUCUUUGGAGCUGUUGUUCGCUGGGCAGAAGCAGAAUGUCAAAGACAACAACUGCCUGUGACAUUUGGAAACAAACAAAAAGUCCUUGGAAGAGCUCUUUCCUUAAUCCGUUUUCCAUUAAUGACUAUUGAAGAGUUUGCAGCAGGCCCUGCUCAGUCUGGAAUCUUGUCAGAUCGGGAAGUAGUAAAUCUCUUUCUGCAUUUUACUGUCAAUCCUAAACCUAAAGUAGAUUAUAUUGACCGACCAAGAUGUUGCCUUAGAGGAAAAGAAUGCAGCAUUAACAGGUUCCAGCAAGUGGAGAGUCGCUGGGGCUACAGUGGAACAAGUGAUCGGAUUAGGUUCACAGUUAAUAGAAGAAUUUCCAUAGUGGGAUUUGGAUUAUAUGGAUCUAUUCAUGGACCCACAGACUAUCAAGUCAAUAUACAGAUAAUUGAUUAUGAGAAGAAUCAAACUCUAGGACAAAACGAUACUGGGUUUAGUUGUGAUGGAACAGCCAGUACAUUCAGAGUUAUGUUCAAAGAACCUAUAGAGAUUUUGCCAACCGUUUGCUACACAGCUUGUGCAACAUUGAAAGGUCCUGAUUCCCACUAUGGAACAAAAGGUUUGAAGAAAGUGAUUCACGAAUCUCCUACUGCUAGCAAAACAUGCUUUGUCUUUUAUAGUUCACCAGGUAACAACAAUGGUACAUCAAUAGAAGACGGACAGAUACCAGAAAUCAUAUUUUAUACUUAAUUCCACAUGAUCAUCUCGAAUGCCUCUGUGUAUCAGUGGACUUCAGCUCACUAUUGACAGCAGUUAAAAUCCUAUGAAACUACAUGAAUGUGUAAAAUUUUGAAAACAAAACUAGUUUGAGAGGUACCAGAAAAGCUAUUUUCUCUGCAUCGUUAUUGGCAGAAUGUGAUUUAGCUUUUCCUCUUACCAAAUUGUCACGUGGAAUAAAUGCUCUGUAUAUUGAGAAGAUUGUUUUAAAUAGUAUCUUGUGAUUAAUUGCUUUGUAUUUUCACCCCUUCAUUUCUCAUGUAGUAAAAUUCAUUUUCUGAACUGGAAAAUCCUUAAUCAUUAUGAACUUCUUGUGUACGUUUUCCCUAACCUGUCCUAAAAAGACAGUAAAGCUGCUGCUGUAGUUCCAGCUUACACUUAUUUCCAAAAUGACCUUGGAAUGACCCUACGGACAUGAAUUGCUACUAUAUUUUUUGAAGUACAUCAGCAAAGCUGGAUUCAUAUUGCUAUCAUCUUGGCUGUUUGGAUGAGCUGUGGAGAAUUAACAAACUUAGCCCUGCAGACAGCAUCUGCAGCUUCACUGAAGAAACACUUAAGUUAAAUUCAGCAACAAACAGAUCUUUCCAGAAUCUCUCUUAAUUCAGAAGGGCUGUUUUGGAACAUAGAGCUGGUUAUGGAAAUAGCCACUGUAUAUACAUAUGUGCCUAUAAGAAAAUGUAUAGUGUGAAAAGGAGAA